GCAAGUCUCAUGACAUUACAUUAGAGGUGUGUGGAUGCACUCCACACAAACACAUAAACACACACACUCAUAUAAACAUACACAUGUGUGGACUGGACUGCUCCACUACUGGACCUCUCACUCAGCGGUACCCUCCGAAAGAGCCACGGAGCCUAUAAUUAACAGCCCUUGUCCUCUAUGGAGUUUAAUUGGGCUUAAAUGGCUUAGAUUCCUAAGCAGCCAUCUUAAUGCACAUUCCUUUAAAACCCUUCUAACUGUGCUGGGAAACGGUUAUAGAACACCUAAAACUCCCCCUUCUAAGACCUCUCUGUGGACUAAACAGCAGAGAAAGAGGGAGACCCAUCUAUCCCUCCCUUCAUCACCUCCUUUCAGCAGUCCAGGCAGGAGAAACCGUGGGAGGAGAAGGAGAAGAGGAGGAAAGAACAGUAGAGCUGGCGCCACCGUCCAUUGAACCUAUCCACCGCUUAAUUUCCUGUAAUCUGGGGGUUACUGUUGCUAGUGGGGACAUGGACACUUCUAUACCUGUGUUGGCUGCCGGGGACAAAGUGUGUGACAAGACGGUGUGCGAGGCACUGGGCCACUUCGAAGCCACACUGGCGGCGGCGGUGCGCGAGGUGCAUGUGGAUGUGAGCGCCUUCAAGCGGGGUGUAGAGCAGCGGGUGGACGAGGCGUGCCAGGCACAGCGACCCCUGGCCGAGGCUCUUCAGCGGCUGACGCAGGAGAACCUGCAGCUCCGAAGCCAGCUGGAGGUGCUGGCCUGCCUGAUGGAGGGUCUGACGGGAAGAGUGGUGGACAGAAGCGCCCUCGAGGAGAGGGCCAGUAGGGGAUGGAUCCCCAUGACUUCGUCCCAGGGGACGGUGAACAUAAGCCAGGGGAGCCCCUCCACCACGGUCCCCUCUGGACUGUCGGAGUCUGGUUCUUCUGGUCUUGGUUCUGAUGCCUCUAGUUCUACAUCAGCCUCUCUCUCCAUCAGGGAGCCAAUGGGGGAUACCAGCAUGUCUAAUGGACAUAAGGUUCUUGACCAAAUGGAAGAGAAAAAUGUUGCUGCUGUGUUGGAGAAUGGACAUGACAAAGAACGGAAGUCUGCUGGUCAUUCAUUAGUAGAUGUCACCUCACCCAAAGCAAAAUCGGAUUAUUUGUAUAAAUCUGAGGGCUCGUCAUUCGGCAAUCCUCAUCUUCCCUGCACUGCCAUGACCAAAACGGACUCCCCCACUAGCCCCAAGCCACCAGCACAAUCUCCUGCUUUGGCCCAAAAGUGUCCUGCCUAUCCAAUAGCAGACUUCACCACUCCCAAAACAGCACUUGAUGUUCUGUUUAGUCCCGCAGAGACUUUGCCUGGACAACAUCAGGAAGUGAGGUCACCAGUCAGCAGUCAUGCAGCUCAGCAAGAGCACCCCACCCCUGUGUCUCUGGCCCCGCCCUAUGCCUCUGUCAGUGCCAUGAGCAAAACUAGCCCCGAGGUACCAACUGCACCAGCCCCAACUCAGUCCCCUGCCACCCCAUCUUGGGCCCCUGACGCCCCAACUCAGUCUCCUGCAGCCCCAACCAGGUCUUCUUUAGCCCCAAGUCAGUCUUCUGCUGCCCAAUCUCAGUCUCCUGCAGUCCCUCCAUCUCCUGCCACCAAAACACCUAGACAAUCAGUAUUUGAGGAGACCAAACCCAAAGCAUCAGGAGAAUUUCCUUUCAAACGUAGUGAACGUGUAGUACAUGCAGUUAAGGCAGCGAGCCCGAGUCUUACCCGUAGCAUGAGCUUCACAGCAACCACAGAAAAACUCCUACCACCCAGAAAAGUGCCUCCCCCUGGCACAGACAGGAGCCUGGACAAGUUUGGCGGUCUGGAAAGUUUUGGCGGUCCGAACAAGUUUGGCAUUCUGGACGGGCUUGGUGGUCUGGACAAGUUUGGGGGUGGUGGGGAGCGGAAGCUGCAGAGGUCACAAACGCUGCCUCGCAACCUCGGGAUGCAGGGCAAACGGUCUCUGUUUGAAAGUUUGGCCUACGAGUGUGGCAGGUCCAAGGCUGCAGGACCCAAGCCCAAACUGCAGCACUCUCAGAGUUUCAACAGCGCUAGCAACAUCAAGGCAAUGCUCCUGGAAUGGUGCCGCUCCAAAACCAUUGGCUACCAAAACAUAGACAUCCACAACUUCUCGUCCAGCUGGUGUGAUGGGAUGGCAUUCGCUGCCCUGGUCCACUCCUUUUUCCCCCUGGUGUUUGACUACAACACACUGAACCCUGCCAAUCGCAAACACAACUUUGAAGUGGCCUUCACCACAGCAGAGGAGCAAGCCGACUGUGUGCGUCUCAUAGAGGUGGAGGAUAUGAUGGUGAUGGGUAGCAGACCAGACCCUAUGUGUAUUUUCACCUACGUCCAGUCCCUCUACAACCACCUCAAGAAGUUUGAAUGACACUCCCAUGCAGAGAUGAGCACCCCUAUCAUCAUCAGUUACAUUGUCUCAUGGCGUCAGCAAACCAAAUCCCUACUUUGUUCAAAUCUUGAUAACUGUAUAUGGCGUUUGUGCCUGUAGAAUACUAUUUGAAUUCUUCUGGUCCUGUAAUAAUGUGCUGUGCAUAUGGUUUGGGGGAUUUAUUUUUCCUCAAUUAGAAUAUAGAGGUAGUAAAUUGGGGAAAAUAUUGGUAGUUUUACAAAGAUAUGUUUUGACUCCAAACGCCAAAUGCUGGUUAUAUUCUAGUGGUAUAAUACGGAUGCAUAUCAUAAAAGAAAUAGAACAAGAUCUAUAAAAUACUUUUUAUUAAGCAUGAAGCUAGCAAAACACCUGAAAGACAUACUUUGCAAAUACAAUGCAAAUGAAAAGAAAAGGUGGCAGAAAGAAAAGGUACUUUUAAAGAAAGGUGGCAGGAUCAAUGAUCUAACAUUGGUACCAGAGUGGCCAGAUCUGAGUUGGUGACUACGACUAUUGUGUUGUGUAGAAAUGAAUAACAUUGAUCUUUCCUAUGUGCAUAUAAGAAGAGGUUCAAAUAUACACUCAACAAAAAUAUGAAACACAUUUCUCCCGAGUGGCGCAGUGGUCUAAGGCACUGCAUGGUAGUGCUAGCUGUGCCACUAGAGAUUCUGGUUCGAGUCCAGGCUCUGUCGCAGCCGGCCGCAACCGGGAGACCUAUGGGGCGGUGCACAAUUGGGCCAGCACCCUAUCUUUGGACAAAACAUGUUGAAAUGAAGAAUCCAGACAGUUGACUAGGGAUUAAGAUUGACCAGUCCGCGACUUGAUCACUUGAAAAUAAGAUCUCAGCAAUAGUCAAUCAUAUCCUCAUGAAAUAAAGUGUUCUGUGUUUCUGAGAAGCUUCUCUAUAACAUGAAAUACAUAGUAUAACACCAGAACCACAGUUUAAUUUUGACCCUGGCUCCAACAUACUAUUACUGCUUAUGAAAAGCAUACAGUUACAUGCUGUAGAAUUCUAAUGAUAGAGCUAAAUGUGCGCAAUUGGUUUGCAUGACGUUAAAAUGCCUAUUUACUGUGUUCCAUCUGACUGAAAUCCACGGUCUUAUCAAGCCCAGCCAGGUAAUGUAUUAAUUCUCCACCAUAAAAAGCAUCUAGACGUUAUCUCACACUUCUUUUAGACUAAUAUUUAGUUUUCAACAGCGGAGAUUUGUGUAAGCCUUGCUGUCUGUCUUUCCGACGUUUGCGACAUUGUUUCAAUAUUCAAAUGAGAUCUUCAGCUGUCCAGCAGUAAUGAACGUGUCAGGAGUCAGGACGAGACAGACAGCGUUUCUCAGCCAGUCCAAAAUCAUGGUAUCAUUUUUAUGGAUAUAUACAGAGAAAUGUCAGUUGAAAAAAGGUCAAACGUAACGACGUGCAGUGAAAAGUGAUUGUGUUCGCUGUGUUGUCCUCUGAGCAACAGUGUCCUGACAAGAGAGCACAUUUUCUAUGCCAAGCGAAAUCGUUCCUCAUUAGCUCAUUGGUAUGGAUGUAUUCACAUAAAUGUCACUAGAAAACAGCUUAAAACAAAUGCAAAGGCAGCUACUGCUGUUAUUCUGUCUGCACUGUUUGACGUGACUGUAAGUUAGCCGUAGUUGGCUAGCUACCAAGCAAGGGAUAAGAACGUUGCCAGACAGUAUGGCAAUGGAACAUUUAGAACAAACGACUGGGUCGUGAACAUAGAUACAGAACAAAAAGACUGAACGACUGGGUCGCAUCCAUAGAUACAGAACAAAAAGACUGGGUCGCAUCUCUGGCAACUGAACCGAUAGAAUGAAUGACCAGCUGGUUUGGGUUGCAACCCUAGAUUUGUGUCGGGACUAUAUCUCUUGGAAGGAUGAAAUAGUAUAAAUAAAUUCAUCAAAAUAAAAACAAUUAUGAAAAUAUUUAAAUCAUUAUUUGAAUCUCGGUAGGUCCGACUUUGUCUAAGACCUAACAACACUCAUGCCAAUACAUCCUCCAAACACCAGCUUCGAGGGCAUUAUCACUUAAAUAAGUGUACAGUAACAUUGCGAACAACAAUAUUCUAGGCGGUGCUAGAGGAAGGCCCCAAAAAUUGUCAAAGACUCCAGUCACCCAAGUCAUAGACAGUCAUGGACUGUUCUCUCUGCUACCGCACGGCAAGCGCCAAGUCUAGGUCCAAAAAGCUCCUUAACAGCUUCUACCCCUUCCCCCACUUUGAUUUUACACUGCUGCAACUCUCUGUUUAUUAUCUAUGCAUAGUCACUUUAACUCUACCUACUGUACAAGUACAAAUUACCUCGACUAACCUGUACCCUCACACAUUGACUCAACACAUGUAUAUAGCCUUGUUAUUG